AUGAUCAGCCCCCAAGUCAAGCAGGAGAUUUUGGAGAAAGCGCAUGGCGCAUUAACUCGUAUCCUGGACGGUAAUUGUGAGUGUCAGAAUUGUACGGGCUUAGAUUAUAGAGCUGAAGCACUGGCGGAUUUGAUCAAGGCUGUAUGGCCGGCGAUAUCUGCUCACCCACAUCAAGGGUCGCCUGGUGUCUCUAGAUUGGUUCGUAAUAUCGCAGAUAUUAUUCGUUUGGAGGCGGAGGACAACGCAUCGCCCUCUCCUGCACGGCGAGCCCAGACCACUCGACGACGCCAGUUAUCUGUCAGCGAGGUACCUUCGAGUACACCGUCCAUCAUCGAUGAGAGUGAUUCUAGCUCGAACAACAAUACGGAAACCAUUAAUGACACCUCCCAGGAGAUAGGACGGCACUCUGGACAGGAGCCAAGUUUUGGAGCAGUGGAUCUGAUGGACCUUAACACCCUGGAUUCCGACCUGGCUGCUGCAUUCGAGGAAGGUUCUGUGCCGCCCACAAUUCAUCCUGAUGAUUUAGAUAAUCUACGGGCACUGGUUGACGCCAUUGGGCCAUUGCCCGCUGCCGAAGGUGGAUUCGCUGCAGGAGUUUCCGAAUCGUUAUUCGUGCCCCAGGUAACAGACGCUAGUACAUCAGCCCUAUCAUUACCGCCGUUGCCCUCACCUGAUCCCGACACUAAUUGGCCGGCUACGCUUAACAUAGAAUCUAUGGUCCAACCGAGCUUCCUGCACACAGAAGACCCCUUCGGUCUGGGGAUUAGUCUAAGCAACCCCAUUGAGUUAAAUGUCGACAUGAUCGAACCGGCUCCCGAGGCAGCUAUUGAUCCUGUUGCCGAGCUCUCCUCCGAAGCCUCAUCCAACAACAGUGAGGGACCGUCCAACCCUCAGUCCCAUAGUUCGCCGGCUGCCGCAACGGCACGAGCAAUGGAGGAGCUGGGUAUUGCAUUGGAAGGCCCAGAUCCUUCUGCUGUGUCGAUAGACUGCAUCCCGCCCGAUGAAGAGUUCAUGUUUGCAUGGGGCAGCUACAACGGGACCACGAUGAGAGCCUUGCUGGAACAGCUUACUCGCCCCGUUCAAGUUGCCGGCGGGUUAACUGUUGACUAUUUCACACGUAAACUGAUGUCGUUGCAAGGCCCGAUGGAGAUCUGGGUUGGCACUCAGCACCACCUAAACCAGCUGUUGAACAGUCGGCGCAGGGUCCUGGUAGUAUGUGGGCCAUCCGACCAGUGGUCAUUGGUGGAGAUCGAAUCUCACAUAGGAACGGUCGUCCACUACAGAUCUUCCCAUGCUGGUCCAAUCACUCCCCCGAGUAGCCACGACGGCUGUAGCCAUUGCAUUGAAACUGUUAACACGGUCGGCCGGCUCUUGCGCCAUGAGGGAAAGGUAGUUCCUGCAUGGCAAUACCGGGUGCAGGAUGUGACCACGUGGACUGCCGAUGACAAGGGACUAUGGGCCAUCUGGGUGACACGGCUCAGGGUCGAGCAGAGGGAUCCAUCGUCACCUGCCCCGGCCAACUUUCGAUUGACGCUGGCUCGAGAGAUCUUUGCAGACUUCAAAGCAGUGUACAGCACUCAUCUCUUACGUAAGGCGCCUGGACAUGUGCCUACGAGUACCGACGAGGCAGCCAGUGUGUCCCUUCAGGAGUUUUGGAUUGAUUUUGGGAGGAAACAGGGCUUUGACACAAGACUCUGGGACAGGGUUCAGGAGCUUGCCACCCGGUACAAGGGCAAUACACGUCAUCAGCUUGGCCCAGGCCGUGCCAGUGAGUUAUUACUGAUGGCGCUUAAUAUCGCAUCCCCGGAUGUCCUCGUGACAAUCAAGGAGUGUAUGGGCCAGCUGCGGGAGCGAGUCGCAUUAGGAGAACGUUCCUACUCAGACUCACUCUGGGGGACGUUCAAUGCCACGCGCUGCCAUGUCGGAAAUCAGGCGCUGUCGGCUAUUGGGACGCGGCUGGGCAUGUGGAAGUUGCAAGACAUGAAAGAAAUGAUUGGAGAUGACUUCAUGGAUCACAUCAUGCGUGGAAAACCUUCAUCUUCGCCCGUGGGUCUGGCUGACGUUCAAAAGAUACUUGAAGCCCAAAAGGGAUCCUACUGGGGCCAUCUUGUAAAGUUCAUGGGCAAUGGAAAUCCAGCCAUCCUCUGUCUGAUUCCUCGCAAAGUCUCCAUCCGCCUUCCCCAAACCCGCAAGCUGAAUACGACAUCAUACCGGGACCUUGCGAUUCCGGAUUGCCAGGUAGUGGGUCAGCUUUUCGAGGAGUUUCGGCCUGGUAUAAUUUCGGCGGUCGAUGCGGAGCUACCUAAUAUCCUGUUGUACUUGAGAGACCCCGAAGGGUAUUACUUGCUAGAGGACUACAGCGAUGAAGAAAUAAUGGCCCAAAAACUAUCAUCAAACUUCUUUGUGGGCAUCCUAAGAGAAAGAGUACCGAGAUCCCACUCACAAGUGCCGCAACCGUGA